CGAUAUUGAUGUAAAUGAGUUUCCUCUACGUGUUACAACAAUGUCUGUGGAUCUUCAGAAAGUAUCGCCUUGUUAUUCAGGAAACUUGAGAGGCGAAGCCAGGACUGGUUUUCUCAGCCCUGAGGCUCAGGAGGAGGUUAUGACGACUUUCGUGUUCCCCAGUGUAAGGUUCAACCCAUUAAGUCUUUAAUAUCAGAACAUCACGUGGCAAAGAGAAACAAAAAAGCCUAUUACGAAUGGGUGUCGCCAGCAGCACACACACACACACACAUUUGGCACAGACGCGGAGAGUAUCGGCUGCAGAAAACAAACAGAGUUCGCUUCAGGAAGUUUAUUAACUUGGCGUAAAGGGUAGGAGCAAGUCCCAGAUACCUACCAUGAAGGACAGGCUGGAGGAGCUGAAGCGAGCGGCGGAGGACAAUUUCACGGAGAGUAUUGUUGAUGGGAUCGACAACCCAACAUUCGAAGGGACAGAGUCCAACAGGUUGAAUGGAUUUUUUGAAGACAUUUCAGCUGUGUCUUCCAACCUCACCAAACUGGAGAAUCUGGUCCAGAGUAUCCAGAAGAAGCAAGCGGGGGUGCUGUGUGGGACUGCCAAAUCCAGCAUCUACAUCAAGAAGAAACUGAUGAAAGAUUCCAAAUGCGAGUUGACCUGUGAGGCCAAGAUCAUCCAGUCGCAACUGAACAGGAUGAGGGGUGUCCUGUCUCGCAAGCGGCAGGAGGCACCCUUCUCGGUUGAGUACAGGAUUCACCAGAGCCAGUACAAUGCCCUGGUGGCUCGCUAUCACCACAUACUAACCGCGCACCACACGAUGGAGAUGGAAUACGUGGACAAGUUGAAGCAGCAGAUUACGCGGCAGACUGAGUUGGCUGGCUUGCAGCUGCAGGAGGAGGACGUGGAUCGCAUCGUGGAGGACCUUGACGCUCCACAGAUUGUUGGGCAGGAUCUGGAGGUCUACAAAGCCAAGGAGCACUUGGCCGCCGCGCAGGAGCGCCACAAGCAGCUUCUGGAUCUGCAGUCGCAGAUAGCUGAACUUCACCAACUCUUCCUGCAGUUCGAGGUACUGGUGACUGAGCAACAAGAAGUGGUAAACAGCAUUGAAUAUAACGUGGAGCACACUGCGGACUACAUCACACAGUCCGCAGACGACGUGAAAAAAGCAAUAAAGUACCAGAAGAAAUCCCGGGUAAUUGCUGCAGCCGCAGCCAUCAUUGGGCUGUGUGCCUGUAUUCCCUGCAUUGCAAAGUUAUCUUCUUAAAACAAGAGGUCGUGGCUUUACAAAAGGACCUAGUCCCAUGCCUAAAGGAGAAAAUUACGAUCUCCACCACGACUAACCGGGUUGAAGUAUUUUUUGCAUCGAUUGACUUCUCUAGAUUAUUUCUGCUGCUGAAUUUGCUGAAGACAGGAAUGCGUUUGUGCAGUGGGCCUCUGCGAGUGCAUUUCAGGGGGUGUGAGCCAGGGAGUCUGCCUCAUCUACAUCGUAACCCUGAGAACUUUCCAACUAUUCAGGGGUGUGCCAACAUUAACCAAGUGAUUAACAUUAAUAGUUGGAUUUUAAAGGAAGUAGGUGAGAAUAUUAUUUCAAAAUUAUCUCAGCUCAGGCACCCAUUUCUUUAGAGUGGAUGGGUAAUCGCACACAGCUGUCCUGUCCGAGAACAUUGAGAGGGGGAAACCAGAGAGAAGUUGCCAUCGCACCUGCUGAAAAAUUACUGGAGAGUUUUCAGUUGAUCAACGAACUGGCAUGGAUUUUAUAAAGAGUGGGUCGUGUUGAAGGAAUCCAAAUGUUUUGAAGAGAUUCCUAAUGUAUUUAAAUGGAUUUCCGGAAAGUUACCCGCAUAUGAAACUCGUGCAAUUUAAGGCAAGUUAACGAACAAGUUAAAGAUUGAGCAGAGCAAGAGGAAUUGGAGAGCAAGAAUUAUUGGCAGCACUGAUGCAUUGUAAUGCAUAUCGUGAGCCCUCAACUAUUCAGCAACUGAAGGAUGGAAUUGCAGACACUGGUUUACUGAAGAUAGACACAAGAUGCUGGAGUAACUCAGCGGGUCAGGCAGCAUCUACGAUGGGAGGAAAAGGUGACGUUUCGGCUCGAAAUCCUGCGCCCGACUGAGUUGUAUAUCAGAGAUGGUGACACAGAAGUGGGCACUAUUGUAAGCUGUGGAAACAGACUCAUUGAACUACAAAGCGAUUCUGAUAUAUCAAUCAGAACUAUAGCGCACAGAUUUCAACGUAGAUGAACAUGCGGUCAUUCAUCUUGAAUUCACCACUGAUAGAACAUUACGGGAUGGUGAACUGUUAGAAAUGAGGGACGCACAAAGAGAUGAAAAGGUUUGCACUAUGGUUGUUACACAAACAAAUUCCCUGGAAGCUAUAAGAUCAAGGGGAGACUUUUAAGUGAUUUCGAAGUUGUAUUAAGGGAAUUAUUGGGUUAGAUGGAACAAAACUGUUGUCAAAUAACUUUGGGAAACAUUCAUCUAGAUGUUUCAUUUUAAUGACAAGGUGUCUUGUUUUCAUUUAAUGACAAGAUUAAUCUAAAGUCAAGAUUGAUUAAAGAAUAGCUUGAAACAUCAGGAAACUGUGCAUGGAGUUAAAUUGUAGAACAGUUGUUGUAGUCUGUUCUUGUUUCUGUGAGUUUCCUGGAAAGACAAUUCUUCUUUACCUGUAUUACCAGCCAAUGUAUAUUAAUUAGUUUCCUGGAAUUAAUUGACUUUUAAUACUGCUUUGAAUAUGAUAUAUGUAUGUAUUACGUGCUACCCCCUCUGAGUUCCCAAUUUACCAGAAAACUGCACCAUCGAGAGCAUCCUUACCAACUGCAUCACAGUAUGGUAUGGCAACUGCUCUGUCUCCGACCGGAAGGCAUUGCAGAGGGUGGUGAAAAUUGCCCAACGCAUCACCGGUUCCACGCUCCCCUCCAUUGAGUCUGUCCAAAGCAAGCGCUGUCUGCGGAGGGCGCUCAGCAUCGCCAAGGACUGCUCUCACCCCAACCAUGGACUGUUUACCCUCCUACCAUCCGGGAGGCGCUACAGGUCUCUCCAUUGCCGAACCAGCAGGUCGAGGAACAGCUUCUUUCCGGCGGCUGUCACUCUACUCAACAACGUACCUCGGUGACUGUCAAUCACCACCCCCCCCCCCCCCCCCCCCCCGACACUUAUUAUUAUUUAUUCAAAUCGUUUGCUAUGUCGCUCUUCAAGGGAGAUGCUAAAUGCAUUUCGUUGUCUCUGUACUGUACACUGACAAUUACAAUUAAAUUGAAUCUGAAUCUGAAUCUGAAUCUGAACUGUGGGAAACUUGGCCAAACAGACAAAGCUUCCGUUGUGGUAAACCAAUUAUAUGCUAUCACUCUGAAACACCUUUCUGGAGCUUAUUUUAAAUCAUUCUUGGCUUCUGACUGUUCAUGAAAUUUGUAGGGUGUUCCAAGCUUCAUUUUUGAUGAAUGUAAGUGGAGAUAACUGUGUUCCUGGAUAUUGAAGUCCAGUGGUACACAUGGCCCAGAAACAUUGUUAGCCAGAAGCAAUCAAGAACUGCCGAUCUACAGCAUGGCGAUCUGGUGGCAUCAUGGUGACUGGCAUGUAGAUUGGCGAUCUACAGAAUACAACUGGCAGCAUCAUGGUGAUUUACAGCAGAUGAGUCUCCAAAAAUUGCUGCUGCCUUUUGCUGCCUUGCAGAUGCAAAAGGAGAAUGGUUUGAUCAAAUGCAUUAAAAGUUGAAGCUGUAUCAAUUGACCAUCACAUGUGUAGUGCAAUAUUUGGAAUAAAAAUCUUGCAAAUGUGUCAACUAUUUUCCCCAUUUAUAAAUUCUUUGUCUAUAAAAACAUGAACAUUACUCAUGUACAUCUCCCAUCUUAGAGAUGUUAUUGCAAAGGUCAAUGUUCUUGUCUGCUUUGUGAUGGCAUUUAAAACACUUUUGGAUUUUGGUCAGGUUCAGAUUCAGUCACAUGUACCGAGGUAGUGAUAGCUUUGUUUUGCAUGCUAUCCAAACAAUCAGAUUUACCAUGCAUAGCUACAAUCAGUUCAAAUUCAAGGACAAUAGAUUGAUCAAAAGGGAAGAUACAGAAUGCGGAAUAUAGUGGUGUUUUAUUGUCAUAUAUCUCAGAUAGAACAAUGAAAUUCUUACUUGCAGCAGCACAACAGAAUAUGAAAACACUGUAAACAAUAUAAUAAAUAAGAGAAAAAUAAGGUUCAGUGUGUGUAGAUAUACACAUACUCACAAAAGUCUGAAGAAGGGUCUCAACCCGAAACGUCGCUCAUUCCUUCUCUCCGGAGAUGCUGCCUGUCCCGCUGAGUUACUCCAGCAUUUUGUGU